UUGGCUAAAAAUACACAAGAUUUCCCAGAAUUGCCACUAAAUUAUCCAGAACUCGGGAUUUCAUUAUGCCUGGAAACCAAUGGUCUUGUCAAAAACAAUAGAAGUGAMAGGGACUUUUGUCUUGAGGAAACAACUGAACCUGGAAUCGUCAUGUCGCACUUUCUCGGUGAAAAGUGUUACAUCAAGGAGUAUUUUUUAAGGAAUUCAGAAAGCAAAAACAAGUUCCAGUCCAGAGCAGUURAAUUUCACAAUUGCACUUGUAGUCAACUUACCAGACUAGAUGCUCUUUUCUACGGCAAGAAUGGCAGAACAGCAUAUCUCCAAGUUCCUUAUUACCAAAGUCUAGAAGAAUGGUUGACAACAAUACCAACAUCUGAAGCAAUAAUGGUCGUGAUAAAAAACAUACUAGAAGGCCUUGAAGCUCUCCAYGCCAGCAACCUAAUCCACGCUGAAGUCACUAUUAACAAUGUCUWUGUGUCUAAACAAGAUGACGAGUACAGAGGAAUUCUUGGACAUUAUGACUUCUCCGAAGAUGUGGAACAACGAUUGUCAAGAACAACUAACAGUAUUGAAGGUCUACCUGAGGAUCCUCCAUUGUGUUGCAAGUUUGACGUCAUGUGCCUUGGACAGCUUCUCAAGUCCAUUAACAAUAUGAAGCUUCUUGAYGAGGAUGCUGAAUUGCAAUCAYUAGUAGAAACUCUUCUACCAUCGCACACAACUUGCGUUCCAACAACCAAGCAAGUUCUUGAUAUGCCAUUCUUUCAAAAAACAGCUUCACCUGUAGAGGAACAGUUGGACUAAACCAUCAGAUAAGGCGAAGUAGCUUAGACCUUACUGUAUAUUUUCCUUAUCAGCUUCCAUCACACUUUGACAUGCAGGUUAAAACAAUCUCAAUUAUUGAGAUCUGACCUUUUUGUUGUUUUUGUUAAUAGUUCUAUUUUUAAUAUAUAUUUUUUACUGCAAGCUUUUGAAUGUCGCAUACAUGAAGUACUAGUAUUAAUAUUGAAGUAGGCUUUCUGUAUUUUGGUCUUUGAAAACCAUGUAAAAGUCAUGGAAUUUGAGACCUUCAAAAGAGAAGAAACCUUGUUUAGUAUAGAGCAAAUGCAAGAAAGCCAUGAAAUAUAAAAUCAAACUAAAUACUAACAAAUAAUGGC